CUCCACUACAUACCACCAUCAACUGAACUCGUCCUGAAGGACUUUCGUAUUCUCUGCCUCUCCAGUAUUGGGGUUGGCUCUUUGCUUUAUUUUCAAUGUCAUCGUCAUCAUCAUCAUCCCCAGAAAUCACUCCUGCGGGUCGUGCAGAUUCCCCACAUGAACGCUUUACCUUCACAUAUGCAACUCAAGAGGAUGUACUCGAGGAUCUUUCAAGUCGCUUUAUUCUCAACUUACCGGAGGAAGAACUGGCUUCGUUGGAGCGGAUAUGUUUCCAGGUGGAGCAAGCCCAUUGGUUCUACGAAGAUUUCGUUCGGGAAGAAAAUCCCAAAUUUCCUUCAUUGCCACUCAAGAAGUUUUCCGCUAUGCUAUUUCACUCUUGUCCUCUUCUCCACCAAUGGAGUCAUGCCCACGAGCAGGCCUUUACAAAUUUCAUGCAGUACAAGACUCGCGUCCCAGUAUGCGGUGCAAUCAUGCUAAACGAAUCAUGGGAGAAGUGUCUUCUUGUCAAAGGAUGGAAGUCUUCUUCUGGGUGGGGUUUCCCGAAGGGAAAGAUAAACGAAGAUGAACCUCAAACAGCUUGUGCUGUUAGAGAGGUCCUAGAGGAGACGGGCUACAACUUGGCUGGCAAGAUCAGUGCAGAAGAUGUGAUAGAAAUGUCGAUCCGGGAGCAGAAGAUUGCGCUGUACAUUGUUCCUGGAGUGCCGGAAGAUUUUCCGUUCAAAACCAAGACUCGAAAAGAAAUCAGUAAAAUCGAAUGGUUUAGGCUCGCUGAUCUUCCGACUUGGAAACGCAACAGAACUGCCGCUGGUAAAUUCUACCUGAUUACGCCUUUCAUCAGCGCACUGAAGGUCUUUAUACAUGAUCGGAAGCCCCGUACUUUACCUCGAAAGCCUCCGAAACAUAAACGGCAACUUCAAGAUGUUGAGCUAGCUGUCAAUGACCAUGAAUCUACGGUAACCGACUCCCCAUGCACACCCUAUCAAGAUGCCCACCAAGAGUCUAGUUCCCAGUCAUCUUCGGCCGACAAUGGCGAUCCUCAGACCCCUUCCCCUCAAUGCUCACAAUCUUUUGCCAAUCCUAUUGAUAUCGCCCCUCAGGCCGAAACACCCCUUGAUCCUCAUUUUGCGCGACUUUUGUCUUCUUUGACUUUGUCAGGUGCUGCGGUCGAAGCCAAGAAAGACCAUCAGCCAGUCAAACCAACCCUUCUGUUGUCGCAACAGGGCGAUGGUCCUCGCGAACGGAGUACACCUGUUCCUGCCAUGUCGUCCUCAGCACGCCCGCUUCUUCCUGAAGCUCCAGCUGGAACGAAAUCACCUUCCAUGAUAGCCAAUCUAGCUGAGGCUGCCCGAGCUUCUUAUACUGUUCCACAUGCGAGUUCCCCGCCCCCACGCUCACCUAUUGCGUUUAGGUUACAGACUAAGUCACCUACAAUGAACGGAAGAUUUUCUCCCGAAACACCCCCAUCUAACGCCUUCGUCCCGUCUCCUCGGCCGACCACAUCUCGUCGCACCUCCAGUUUAGCGGACAUCUCACCUUAUCUCUCCAAGUCUAUCGAGAUUCCAUCAUCUGCCAAGCGACUCAGGCAACUCGCCUUACUGGAGUCCGUGGCAGACGAAUCCGCUAGAUUGACACCUUAUUUUGCUAGUCGAGAAGCAGCCGCCUUGAAUGUAAACGGGAUGGCUCACCUACAUCAUUUGCCUCCAUUGCCCCCCGCAUCUGUUCCCCCCCAGGCGAUCGGAACGAGUGAUUCUAACAUUAUUUAUUCUUCUGGCCCUAGUGCUCUAUAUCAAGGAAUGAAUAUACCCCAGAUACCUUUCCGUUCACCUGUGCAAGACGAUCCAUUCCAGGUACGACCGAGGACCAGCCAGGCGAUCAAUCGACCAGUUUACCACUCCCCUCCUUCCGGUAGCAUGAGCAUGAACCAAAGUCAGUUACUUGCGGUCAUGAAUGCCACUAGUCCACCAUUGCUCCAGUCUCGACCAUCGCUUCCCCAUGUCCAUAAUCCCCCCGUUCAUCCCUCGCUCCCGCCAUCAUCUCAUUACCAUGCACCACCAUUCACGCACCCUGAACUCUACUCUCCUAUGACUAUCCCUCCAACAUCGAUCAGCACGAACCCCCCUCCUGGGAUCAUUUCGUCAUCUCAGCCUCAAAUCUUACUCACAUCCACCAUUUCCCCCAUGUAUGGGCAAGCCAACAGCACAAAUUCUUUAUUGUCUAUUCUCAAUCAACGUAGAUAAACGAUUGUUUCCCAGCUUGAUGUCUUGUAUCGCCUAUCUGAUCUUGCAUAUAUUAUAGUCCCCCCGCACAGUCGUUUCCAUCUCUUUUGCUUGUUUGAUUCUGAUACAGUAACUUUACCUCGUCUACCUUCCCAUCCCUGUCCUCGUUGCUGUCCUUUAUCUUUCUAUUCCUCCUUGUUCUUGUUUUGUGGUGCAAUUUACUGGUUUGUACAAAACAUGUGUUAUAGCCAUCCACAAGCCCUCAUCCUCUCCCUAUCUGCACCAACCGAUAUCCUGUCUGCGUAGUAGUGUCGAUCUUCAUGUAAUGCUGUAGCAUU